AUGAAGCAUCUUGUGAAUGGGUUGGAGAAUCAUGGAGAUGCUCUUAUUGUUCGAGGAAGAAAUCAUGAGAGGAAUUCUGGGGGUGAUGAUAGAAAUAGGUCAAAAUUCAGAAACAGAAAUAAAUCUUGUAAUUACUGCAAAAAAGGGCCAUGUCAAAUUCGAGUGUUGGAAGUUACAAAUAGAGAGAAAAUAGAAGCUCCAAAACCGAAGGGAAACCAACCAAAGAAGUCCGGUGAAGCUAGUUUUGUUGAAGGUGGCGGUAGUGAUGGAGCACUCUUGGUAGUUUUUUAUGGUAACUCCAAACCCUUUGAGGAUUGGAUUCUUGAUUCAGGUUGCACGUUUCAUAUGUAUCGUAAUCAGGAUUGGUUUACAACAUAUGAAGCAGUCUCUAAAGGUGCUAUGUUGAUGGGAAAUAACACACCUUUAGAGAUGAUUGAUGGGGUUGUAAGGACACUUGGUGAUGUGCAGUAUGUACUAGAUCUGAAGAGAAAUCUUAUUUCCUUGAGUACCCUUGAUUCGAAUGGCUAUAGGUACACUGGUGAAAGUGGAGUUCUGAAGGUUACUAAAGGUGCUCUUAUUGUGAUGAAGGGACAGAGAAAGUCUGCAAAUUUGUAUAUCUUGCAAGGCUCUAUGAUUACAGAAAGAAUUGUGAGCCACUUGACUAUUCGUCAUACUCCACAGCAGAAUGGUGUGGCUGAACGAAUAAACAGGACUAUAAUGGAGAAGGUGCAUUGUUUGCUCUCUAAUGCUUCAGAAGGUAUUGAUUCCAAUAAAGAUCCUUCUUAUUACUCAGAGGUAGUUAGUUGUGAUGAUUUCGGUCAAUGGAUGAUUUCUAUGCAGGAGAAGAUGGAAUCACUUCAUAGGAAUGACACAUGGGAUCUGGUAUUCAAAAAGAAAGAAGGAACAUUGGGAGUUGAAGAUUUUAGGUACAAAGUAAGACUAGUUGCUAAAGGCUACAGUCAGGUUCCACGUAUUGACUUCAUUGAUGUGUUUUCUCCAAUUGUUAAGCAUAGCUCGAUUCAAGCCUUUCUUGGGUCAGCUAUAGUCCCUUCUCAAUCGAAUAAUACUUCAUAUGAUGUUCAUGGUUUCAGCAAAGAGCAACAAGACCAUCUCUUGUCCUUAUUGAAUCAAAGUAGGUUGCAGGACUCUGGCUUAUGUGCAUCAGCCAACUUUGCAGGGGCUACACAUGACAUGACUCCUCACAAACACCUCCUUACCAAUGUCAAACCUUUACCAUCACCUUACUUAAUUUUCCUUCCAAAUGGUUACAAAGUGAAAAUAACGUGUACUGGUUCCUUUCCUCUGUAUUCUGAUUUAGUUCUAAAUAAUGUUCUUCUGGGUCAUUCUCUGAAGAGGCCACUGGAAGUUGGUAAACUCUCCAAUGGACUCUAUGUUCUUCAGCUGAUUGGUUCCACUCUCUCUGACAGUCCUCACCACACUGUUGCAUCUCACAGAUCACCUCCAGCAUCUGAUGAAUCUAUUGCUAUGUCUAGUUUCAUUUCUUCUAAUGCUAAUAAUGUCACUGUUUCUUCUAUGUCUUUUCCUAGUUCUUCUGUAUCUACUAUUUCCAAUUUAAAUGUUGAUUUUCCACAAGAUGUAUCUUCACUGUCUUCUUAUAAAAUGGCUUCAGACUUGCAUGUUACUCCUUCAAUUUCUAAUUUUUUUCUAGCUAAUACUCUUCCUGUUCAUCCCGAUUUACAGUUUUCUAGUUCUACUCCUAAUAAUUCUAGGUCUAUCUCUUCUAUUUUUCUUGGUUACUGUGUUAGCAAAAAGGGUUACAAAUUGUUAUCUGUCUCUUCUCACAAGGUGUUCUAUUCAAGGGAUGUUGUUUUUCAUGAAUCUAUUUUUCCCUAUGCCUCUCCUUCUCCUGUUUCUAUCUUUCCUUCCACCCCUCCUCUUGCUGUUGAUGUUCCUAUUUCUACACCUUCUUCAACACCAUCUUGUCCACCUAGAAGGUCUACCAGGCCUUCCUCUACUCCCUUUUAUCUCUCCGAUUAUGUGUGUUCCUUUGUUUCUCAAUCUAAGGUUUGUUGUACCUCUGUUGGAGAUGGUUUGCUGGAACCUCAAUUUUACCAUCAAGCAGCUGGUCAUCCUGCUUGGCAGGCUGCUAUGAUGCAGGAAUUUCAUGCCCUUGAAGCUAAUAAUACUUGGGAAAUUGUCCCAUUACCUCCUGGUAAAAGGGAAAUACCCUCUAAGUGGGUAUAUAAGAUAAAGAAACGUGCUGAUGGGUCUAUUGAGCGGUAUAAAGCCCGCUUGGUCACUCGAGGGGAUAGUCAAAAAGAAGGGAUCGACUUUAAUGAAACCUUUUCCCCGGUGGUGAAAAUGUCCACCAUUAAGUGA